CUUUCUUUCUUUUUUUUUUGGUAGAUUCAUAGCUUUCAAUUUGAAAUUUCUCACCUUCACUUGUUUUCAUUUAUUGCUCCUACCCACUUACAUCACCAUCUUCUCCUCUUUCUCUCUCCUCUCAUAUCUCCCCUUCUUUGACUUGCAGGUCUUUGUUUUCCCUGUAAAAUACAAGCUCAAUAUCAUUCCAAAAACAAAAAAUUUCAUUUUUUUCUUUCAAAAUUUGUAUGUAUCUCAUUUUCAAAUAGCUUAAAGUUUAAAUCUUUAGUGAUUCUUUUUGGGUUUUUCUUUUCAUUUUUUUUCCUUCUGAAACUUGUAUGUAUCUCAUUUCUAAAAAAAGCUUAAAUCUUUAGUGAAAUUGUUGGGUUUUUCUUUUCCAUUUCUUUCUUCUAAAAUUUGUAUGUAUCUCAUUUGAAGAAAAAAAAAAGCUUGAAUCUUUAGUGACAUUGUUGGGUUUUUCUUCUAAAUUUUUUAUGUAUCUCAUUUCCAAAAAGCUUAAAGUUUAAAUCUUUAGUGAAGUUUUUGGGUUUUUUCUUUGGUAUUUUUACUCCAAAUCCAACAAAAAAUUAAUGGGGAAAUCUUAUUCUCCUCCUCCAUUACAGCCACCACAACAUAAUCUUGAAUCUGCAAGCUUGAAUUUAGAGAACAAAAUCAGUCCAAGUAUAAUCUUAAUCAUAAUAAUCUUAGCAAUAAUCUUUUUUGUUUCUGGGUUACUUCAUCUUCUUGUUAGAUUCUUAUUAAGGCCAAAUCAAAGAGACCCAGAUGAAUUUUUAGACAAUGUAACUGCACUUCAAGGUCAAUUACAACAACUUUUCCAUCUUCAUGAUGCAGGUGUUGAUCAAUCUUAUAUUGAUACACUUCCAAUUUUUCAGUACAAAACAAUCAUAGGUUUAAAAGACCCAUUUGAUUGUGCUGUUUGUUUGUGUGAAUUUGAGGGUGAUGAUAAACUUAGAUUAUUACCAAAAUGUAGUCAUGCUUUUCAUGUGGAUUGUAUUGAUACAUGGCUUCUGUCUCACUCUACUUGUCCACUUUGUAGAGCAAGUUUGUUGCAAGAAAUAAAUUCUCAAAAUCAAGGGUUUUCACCCAUUGUUUGUGUUCUUGAAUCUGGAAGUAUGGAGGCCUCCAGGGAGUUGGAGAGGGAGAAUAGGGAUCCGGGUUCGGGUUCGAAUCGUCAUCAAGGAGAGGGUGAGUUCGGGUCGAAUCGGAUCGAUUUUCGGCCUCGAAAAUCGACUGAUAAUAUGCAAGAGGUGGUGAAGAAGGAGGACAAGAUUGUGACCGUUAAGUUGGGGAAGUUUAAAAAUGUGGAGGGAGGUGAAGGAAGUAGUGAGAUUACUAUUACUAAUAAUAGUAAUAAUAAUAAUCAAAAUAAUGGUAGUAGUAGUAAUAAUAAUUUGGGUUCAAGAAGGUGUUAUUCAAUGGGUUCAUUUGCAUAUGUUAUGGAUGAAACGACAGCGUUGCAAGUUCCAAUAAGAACACCAAUGAAGAAGGAGAAGAAUGGGAAAAAGGGUGGUUUAAAAGCAGGGUAUAGAGCAGCAAUGUCAGAGUAUGGGUGUGAUUCCAGGAGGGAAUUCAAUGGGAUUGAAGGUUUUCGAAGUGUCGAAUUUGGGAAAGGGAAUGGGAAUGGGAAUGGGAAUGAGAGUAGUAGUAAUAACAAUAAUAAUAAUAAUAAGAGGGAGAGUUUCUCAAUCUCGAAGAUUUGGUUAAGAGGAGGAGAAAAGAACAAGAAAGGGAAUGGGAAUUGGAAUAAUGGGAAUGAUUGCGAUUAUUCUUCAAGGAGGACAAUUUCCGAAUUUGAGAUUGAUGUGAGUGAAUUAGGAAUUGAUGAAGAAACUCAAAGUUGUUAUAGUGUUGAUUCACUUGCUAAUCCAACAACAACAAAUUCUUCAUCAACAAGAAGAACUCUACUUUGGCUUAUGGGAAGACAAAACAAGAUUGUUCAUAAUCAUUCUUCCUCUUUUUCAUCCAAUAUCUAGUGUAUUGUCCUCUUUUUUUUUUCCAUAUAAAGGUAAAUUUGCUCUUUCUCAUUUAUUUUUCUUAGGUUUUGAACCAAAUGGUUGGUAAUUAGCUAUGAUAGGGAAAGGGAAUGGGAAAGAAAGAAAGGUGAUUUAUAAAAGGGAAUUGGAAUGAUAUAGAAUACAGAAUUUUGUGCAUGUGAUUGCAAACAUUUUUUUUAGUGAAGGAAUAGAUUGGAAUGUUGAUUUUGUAGUA